UUCCGCUCUCCCAAAAGGGAUAACGAUAUCAAUAAAGUGGAUGAUAAAUUCAUUGAUGCUAAUGCUGUCGAUGUUGUGAAUGGUAUAAAUCUCGAAUUUCCUAUUAUAGCGAAUAUUCCUUCAACUGGUUGA